AUAGGAAGAAUGUAUUAAUUAAAUGUUUAAAUAAAGCAGAAGAAAUGAGACCAUCCUUUGGUUCUCUUGAUUAUAAUGUCUUGUCAAAUUUUUGUGAAAAACUCUUUUUGGCUGCUGAUAAGAAUGAUAGGAAUGAAGUUAUAACAAAAAAAACAUUGCAAAUGUUUUUUACAUCUAAAAUAUUUUAUGAAAUAUUAAAUCAUUUUAAAAAUUUAAGUACUGAAGAAAAUAAAAAAUAUGUGUAUGCAAAAUAUAAAACGAUAUAUUUGAAAAAAUGCUUUGAUAAUAAUAUAACACCUGAACCAGGUUCACCCCAAAAUGAGGAUGCUGUUUCAGAGGUUGAUAAAAGGAUUGAUGAUGAAGACAAAGAAGAAGAGGAACAAAUAACAAAUGAUAAAUAUGAACAUUAUGAAGAAAAUAAUAAUGAUUAUUAUAAGGGAAGAGAAAAAUUAGGUACACAAAGUAAAGGAACAGAAGAUAGCGUAGAUUUUAAUUUAAGCCUAAAGCAUGCCCAAUAUGCUGUUAACGCUUUAAUUUUUGAAGACCGCGAUACAGCGAAACGUGAGCUCAAAUUAUCCCUUUCAUAUUUAGAAUAA